AUGAAAAUUAUGGGCUUUCAUGAUGAUGAAAUUAAUUCUGUUCUCCGUGUUGUUAGUGCUGUUCUUUUGCUUGGAAAUAUUGAGUUUAAACAGGAGAAGAAUAGUGACCAGGCAACUCUGCCUGAUGAUACAGUUGCUCAAAAAAUUUGCCAUUUGCUUGGCCUUCCUGUCGCCGAUUUUACCAAAGCAUUCCUUCGCCCUCGCAUUAAAGUUGGGCGUGAACAUGUACAAAAAGCUCAAAACAAAGAACAAGCUGAAUUUGGAGUUGAGGCAAUUGGGAAAGCUUGUUAUGAGAGAAUGUUUAAAUGGUUGGUUAGCCGAAUCAAUAAAUCGUUGGAUCGAACAAGGCGAACUGGAACAUCGUUUAUUGGAAUUUUGGAUAUUGCUGGAUUUGAAAUAUUUAAAUUGAACAGUUUUGAGCAGCUUUGUAUUAACUAUACAAACGAGAAAUUACAACAACUUUUCAACAAUACAAUGUUUGUUUUGGAGCAAGAAGAAUACCAGCGAGAAGGAAUUGAUUGGCAAUUUAUUGAUUUUGGGUUAGAUUUGCAACCUACAAUUGAGUUGAUUGAAAAGCCAACAGGAAUUCUCGCAUUAUUAGAUGAACAAUGUAUUUUCCCUAAAGCUACAGACAAAUCUUUUGUUGAAAAAUUGUUUACUUAUCAUGAAAAACAUGAAAAGUUUGUUGUUCCAGAAAUGCGAUCAAAAUCAGAUUUUGCUGUAAUGCAUUAUGCGGGUAGAGUUGAUUAUUAUUCUGAUAAAUGGUUAAUGAAGAAUAUGGACCCUUUGAAUGAAAAUGUUGUACAAUUAAUGCAAAAUAGUACUGAUCAAUUUUUGGCUGGGAUAUGGAAAGAUGGUAAGGAGAGAUUUUUCUUUGAUAUUUAA